AUGGAGUCAUCAUGUCCUGGAAUUGGGUACGCGAUCGUUUGGUGUUUACUGUCUUUCAUCAUUGGCUGGCCAGUGGCGGCUUUUUUCGCGUGCAUCUACAUCAUCCUGGCCCCGUUUGCAGGCUGCAUUCCGCCCCUUGAGCAAGGACUCGAUCUUCUGCUCAAACUGGUCAAACUACCCCUGACUUGGUCCAAGAAGUGCGUUGCCAUGGCUCCACUGAGCGAUUCGUUUUUCAUUGGCUGGCCGGUGGCGGGAUUCAUUGCUGGUAUCUACAUCUUCCUGAUGCCUUUUGCCGCUUGUAUACCACCAAUCGAGAAGUUUCUUGAUCUUCUACUCAAACUGGUCAAACUACCUCUAACGUGGUCCAAGAAGGGCGUUGCCAUGGCUCCGCUGAGCGACUGCAGCCUUGAGUAA